AUGCAAGUCAGAAAUAUUCAGAAUAUAGCACCGAGUCUAACUGACAAGAGUAUAAAGAUAUACUAUGAACACGUUAUGAUGAAACCUACCAAAAUUCAAGAAAGUCAGUAUACUUAUGAAUAUCCAAGACACUGGGUAGAGUAUGUAGGAGGUGAGAAAGCUAUUGAAAUCAGACAAGUUCGAAGUAUUCCAGCAGGAAGAACAAUAUUAUUGAAGAACUUUAAUGUUUUGAGGUAUAAUGAUGAAACAAAGAAGCAAGAUAGUUUCCCUGUUGCUGUGUAUGUGAACCUAGACACAGGAGAUGACAUGAAAGUUUUUAACACAAAGCUUCAAACGGUAGUGAGAGAACAACUGACUGCGGAAGGACAUCCAUUACCUUCAGAAGUUACCAUAGCAUAUAAUUUUGAAACAAACUCAAUAGAUUUUAAAGUCAUCUCUGCAAAGA